ACGCAUCGCUCUAAGAAUAGCAUUGCACUCGGGCUGGACAGAUACAUAUUCGCUUAAGACUUUACUCUCACGGUAGGCAACGAAUAUUGACCAUAAAUCUGACCUGACGCCUGACAUCUCCGGUACAUCGAUACAUGUGAGAAAAUCAGCUAGCUUUCUUCCCCACCCGUUAAACGAAAAGUCCCAUCUAUAUAUAUAGAGAGACCCAAACAUUCUAAGUUAGGCCCGCUAGGAUUCACACAGUCUCCUCUGUUAGGAAGUUUAGUUGUGAGGUUUCAUUAGGGACAAACGGCCUGGUUGCCACCCCUGAUUGCUACCCCUGAUUGCUACCCUGAUUGCUACACCUGGUUACUACACACAAUUGCUACAACUACCAGAUCUCCACAGAAAGCUGUAACCGAGGCAGACCACACCAGAUACACCCCCCCCCCAAUUACAUACCUGUUAGCAAGAAGGCAUUGCCUACUGUCCUUGGCCCUAGCAUAUUGCCCGGUGUCCACAGUGCCCUAUACUGCCCAGUAUCAUCUGCCCAGUACCUGGCCCAAACUGUCCACUGCCCAGUAGUUAUUGCCCAAUGCCGACAGAUUAGAGCAACCUUCGCAACAGAAGAUAAACUGGUGUUGAGUUAGCACGGCUCUCUACGAGCUAGAGAUCACAGCUGAGAGAUCGUCCCACUACAACUUAGUUUGCAGCACCAACCAUCUCUAUUGCUAAACAGGCAGCGGCCUCACCUAUAGAGCCAGCUUGCCUACAGCAUAGGGAUAUCCCGAGCCGACGUCCUAAGACAGAGCCGGAUGACUCAUCCUUCUGAGUGCCAGUCCUACGACCGCCAGAAGACGACCCAGGGGCUAGCAGCUAAGAAAAAUAAGUAGCAGACAUAGGAACAUUCUUCUCCUCCAAUCACUCAAUAAUUAGCAAUCCAUGAUGAACAGUUAUUUUAGAUAUUAGCACCUUUAUUUCUUUUAUUUUCUUAAUUAUAAUUUUAUUUGAUCACUUUCCUUUGUAAACUUUCAUUCAUUAAAUUAUUUUUAUUUAUGAACUUAUAAUAUUGGUCUGUUCUUACUGUUAGUUGCGGUGUGCCUGUACAAAAUCUUAUAUGUGAGCGGGAUAAAAUUAAUAAAAUUUCCCCUAGACAUAAAUAAACAAGCCAAAUAAUAACUAAUUAACAUCUCGUCACAUAUAAGUGGGGUCUUGUCACGGGAUCUGUAACUAGAAUCUUAUAUAGACAGGCACAGGCAUACAGCAGUAGAACUUUCCUAUAUCUAAUAUACUUUCCUUAUCUUAAAGUAACGGAUUGCAAACGGAGUGAAGAGUGUUACUAGAGUCUUUAUUUUAUAUCUAUCUUACUUUAGAUGUUAUCACAUAUUAACUUAGUUUAAUAUUAUUAAUUGUGGUUAUUUUAAGUGGCAUCACUGUGCUUAAUAUUAUAUUAUUAUUACGGGCAACGUGGUUGUUUCGUACGGGCUUCACAUAACGCUCUUACUUCAAUAAUAUCCCUCCUUUUAGUCUUAAUAGUCUCCCAUUUUAUUUCUCUCAUAUAUAAAUAAUGGCCAGCAAUACAAGAUCCAAGACUGACUCUGACAGAAAAGUCAGAAUACAAGAGUUGACAGAGACAGCGGCAUUGUUAGAGUUAGAGGGUCCAAGUCGCUCUGACUACAUCCGGCAAAAGCUGGAGGAAUGGGAAAAGCUAGUAAGGGAAAAGGAAGUUGAAAGGGAGAAACGAGAAUUCGAGUUAGCAAUGGAGAAAGAGAAACAUGAGCACGAGUUAGCCAAAGAAAAAGAAAAACUACAACUCGAGCACGAGAAACUUAAAAAUGAGCAGGAGUUAGCUAGAGAUAGAGAGAAGUAUGAGCAUGAGUUAGCCAUGGAGCGGGAGAGACAGGCAACUGAGAGAGCUAAAAUAGCUCAAGAGAAUGAGACGGCUCGCACAGUCGCUGAUUCUCAGCCUGCUAGCCCAGCUUCCAGCCAAGGGUCCUCAAAUAGCUCACCCAACAUCCCCUUCGAGCCCUUCGAUGAGAAGAGCGAAAGUGUUGAAGUUUAUUUAACACGAUUCGAAGAGGUGGCACGCUAUUAUAGCUUGCCCAAGGAUAGGUGGUGUUUUAGAUUAGCUCAAUGCCUUAGAGGCAAAGCUUAUGAGGCUUACACAAAGCUCCCCUCAUACCAACGGGAGGACUUUGAAGCCCUAAAAGAGGCACUAUUGGUUCAAUUUGAGCUAACCUCUGAUUCAUACCAUAAGAAGUUUCGAGGGUCCCGCCUUGAGCGCAAAGAAACGUAUGUCAAUCUUUGCGACAGGCUGGACAAAUACCUCGGGAAAUGGCUAGCCCUAAGCAAAAUGCCCGAAACGUUUGAAGGUCUUAGAAACCUUAUUCUGGCUGAGCAGCUUCGAGACUGCUUAACGCAGGAAACUCGAAUAUACGUCAAUGAGCAACAGGUGAUUGACCCUUCUGACAUUGCAAUUGCUGCAGACCGAUACAUAGCUGCCAGACGAGACCAGAAAGCUAAGACACCCGUAACAGAACCACAAUCUAGCGAAACCUCCCCUGCCCAGCCCACACCUCACAACCAAAAUCAAAACAACCAGGCACGUGUCCCAUCACAACACCCAUCCAACCAGUCGAACCGCCCUCCCCAUCAAUCACGCCAGAAUAAUUCCUACCACCCCUCUCACCGUGACUCACAUAACAUGCGUGACGACAGGAGGACUCGACAACAACACACCCCACACGUCGUAUCGGCCCUGACGACCGUUCGACGGCCCAAGACUGGUAACCCGGUAGGCCCAGAAAUCCCUUAUAUACCUCCUCACCCCUCUACAUCACCCCCAGGUGUAGAGCAGGCCCUAAUAAACGGCGUUCAAACUUAUAUCAUGUUUGAUACAGCCUGCUCUUUUACUUCCAUAAUAAAGGAAGCGCUGAUUGAUUCAGCGGAUCUCACCGGUGAAACGGUAGAGAUCCAAACUGUCGACAAAACUACACCUCCAAUGGUCUUGCCCAUAGCGAGGGUUCAUGUAGAAUGUCGAUACGUGCACGGGACCAUAGACGCUGCUGUUAUGGAGUCACCCGUGUACGACUUUAUUCUUGGCUCCCAAUACGUACCAUUGGGAAAUGUUAAGAAGCCAUAUUUUUCCCUGCCAGUCGGCAGAACGACUAGACAGAAGGAUGGCCCAAAUCAGUCAAACACUGGGCGCCAUCACUCAACACCUCAGUUCAACCGAACUAAGGAAAUUAAACCCCUAAUUCCUGACAUUGACAGUGUCAGACGGCGUUGGCGUGGUCAACAGUUUUGGCCCCCACGUAUAAAUAUGAUACCUGCAUGGAAUCACAAAGGUGGUAGUCACCACCGAUUCCCGCCCAGUCCAUCAUGUUGCAACUCCUCCCCAUCACCCCUCACUGCUUCAGGUAGGACGCACAGGUACCCAAACAAACCUGACCUCAACCACAGGUCACGUAAUUCUCCACCCAAACACAACAGUCCACGAUGGGAUCGAAAUUAGGCAUAAAACGGAUACCUGGACGCCCAAUCUCCCUUACGACCCGGUCCUCGAAUUCAGAUUCAUUUUUUUUCCCUUAGGACAAUUAGACUGGACAACGACAAAGCUCAAAUGAAACUUAUAUGCAAGUACUAAUAGUAUUCUGCGAAUACUUUUUAAGUGGGUGGGUAUGUGACGAUACGAAACUUGCAUACAUAAGUUCAUUUUAGUUUUUCCCAGUAAACCGUGAGAAACUUUAUUUUUAACUUAAAACAAUUAUUUCCCUGUCCACCCACAGCUAAUUUCUUGUAGGAUUUAUCCCCCCUCGCAUGUUUCUCACGGGAUGAAUCUCCACGUAAAACAUUAACUAGCCUCUCCAGGGCUAACUUUUAAUUAUUGACCGCUGGACAGGUGACACUAUGAAGUCGCUGCACCCGCGCUACACGCCGCGGCCUAAUAACUUUUCACACCUACCCCCCCCC